CGGUAGGAUGUGACUCCGUCUCUCGGCCAGGCGCGCCUGAUGGCCGCCGGCUUUCUCAGGGAACUCUCGCUGUUGAGCUGUUCCUCGUUGCUAGGAAACGGUUGCUAGAAGGUUCUCAGACGCGGUCCCGCUUUCUUAGGGCGGUAACGUCGUGCGGCGGUCGGGAAGGGGCGGUGGGAGGAGCGGAGCCGCUGUGAACCAUGCUCCUGGAUUGUGGGUCCGUCUGUGCAGAGGCCCAUCUGCAGGACGGCGGUUGGAGUCCGCGCCGGCGGUCCCCUGUGCGGCAGGCGGAAAACUACACUUCCCAGCAUCCUCGCGGUGCCAGAACUACGUUGCCCGAAAUCCUGAGCGUGAUUCAGCCAGCCUUUCGCCUCCUCCCGCCGGCCCGAAAGCAGGAGAUGUGGAGUCGCUGUGUUUGGUGGCUCCUGCGCUCUGAGGGUCGUGGGGACCGCCGGGUUUGGAGCCCCGGCGGGCCUUUCUCGCUGGCCUUGCGAAGAGACUUCGUCACCACCACAACCAAGGAAGGAUAUGAUAUGAGGCGAGUGGACAUAACUCCUUUAGAACAAAGGAAAUUAACUUUUGAUACCCAUGCACUGGUUCAGGAUUUGGAAACUCAUGGAUUUGACAAAGCACAAGCAGAAACAAUUGUAUCAGCAUUAACCACGUUAUCAAAUGUCAGCCUGGAUAGUAUCUACAAGGAGAUGGUCACUCGAGCUCAACAGGAAAUAACAGUACAACAACUAAUGUCUCAUUUGGACUCCAUCAGGAAAGACAUGGUAAUCCUAGAGAAAAGUGAAUUUGCAAAUCUAAGAGCAGAGAAUCAGAAAAUGAAAACUGAAUUGGAACAAGUUAAGCAGCAACUGAUAAAUGAAACCAGUCAAAUUAGAGCAGACAAUAAACUGGACAUCAACCUAGAAAGGAGCAGAGUAACUGAUAUGUUUACAGAUCAAGAAAAGAAACUUAUGGAAGCAACCACAGAAUUUACCAGAAAGGAUACCCAAACCAGAAGUAUUAUUUCUGAGACCAGUAAUAAAAUUGACACUGAAAUUGCUUCUUUGAAAACACUGAUGGAGUCUAACAAGCUUGAGACAAUUCGUUACCUUGCAGCCUCCGUGUUUACUUGCCUGGCAAUCGCACUGGGAUUUUACAGAAUAUGGAAGUAGAGAAACUGCAAUGCUCCUGUUACUGCUGCUGUGGGCUUCUUAGAACACUACUCCAGGAUACACUCUGACUGUGAAUGUUGCAGCAGAUACUUAAUACAAGAUUAUUCAAAGUACAUAUGGACUAAAAAUAAAUAUUUUAGAAUGGGAAGAGGUGUUUUAGGUUUGUAUUUGUGGGUCUUUAUUAUGUUGAAAAGCUGUCUUUCAAAACCUGAUUUGAGGGGAAAAAAAAGCCUUUUAUCUUUAUCCUUUUAAUAGUUCAUAGAAACUGAUCCAGUUUUCUUGUGUUUGCUUGAACAAAUGUAUGUCAUAUAGAAUUUCUUUGAUGUCUGCUGCAAAUUUAAAAACUGUUCCCAAGCCUACAUGUUAUUGUAUUCAGCUUUCCUGGUAACUACUGCACAAUUACCUUUUCAUAGAAAUAAAAUCUUGUUAAAACAAAA